AUGGAACCAUCGCCACAGGCAACCAAACACCAAGAGGGCGGCAACAAUGCAGGAGAGUCCAAGCCACUACAUUGCAAUAUUUAUCCGGGAGAUGGUGGCGCCAGUGCCGACCUGAAAACUGACAUCCUCAGUAAAAAGGCGGAGCAUUUGAUCCGCGACGGGUUCCAGCCGCGCCUUCCGACUUCGCUGCCGCCCCCAGGGCAGCAGCAGCAGCCGUCGCCGCUACCACGCCGACAGCCCGUCCCGUUGAUGCCUCCCGCGCAGCUUCAUACGGGAGCGCCCCGGGUGGUCGCUCCAGCGCCUGCGGUCCCUCUUCAGUCGCCGCCGCCUUCGGAGCUGAUGGACGUCGACCCCUCAGCCGGGCCGCCUUCCCAAGCGGUGGCUGUGCAGCCUGUCCUGCAGCCGCUUUCCUUGGGCACCCCCAAGGAGUCUGACACCGCAGCGCCUUGUCCGGCGCCCACUCAGCAGCCGUCGACGCAGCGUCAGGAGACGCUGCCUCUCUUCGUGGGUCCCGACGCCCCGUCGCGUCCAGUACCAGAAGCUGCACCCGUGGUCACAGGCGUGCACCCUGACCUCGGUUUUCAGUCGGUGUUUCCCGAGGCCCCGCGCAGCCAAUGCUGGGGUGCGGACCGGAGACUGCCACCGACAACAGUCUCCGCCCCGGACCUGCGCAACCUGCCAAGCAGAACACUGCCGCCUCCCGACAGUUCUCUCAAAACCCGGAGCAGCUUCAUUUCUAAUGAACCAGCUUUAAGCCCAAGAAGGCCUGAGAGUAACAACCUCAGGAUAAAGGCAAGUAGCUGUACAGGACAGAAGAGUUGGACCUUGACUAAGAACAUUAAGCCGGCUGAAAUUCAUCAACUUGUAAAUAUUUAUGGUGAGAAAGUGGAUGAGACUGUUUGUUGA